AGCUGGCAUUCACAACACGUUGAUUGAUAUCGCAUCAAGGCCGCAAUCACCUCGCGCUUGUUCGAUUACGCCCACACAUUCCUUGCAUUGGAUCCGACGCUCGACAACCGACCCAUCUUCCGCGGCUGGUUUCCGCUGAGGAGACCGUCGUUCGCUGUUGGAACACCACAAUGUCAAACCCCCAGGGCUCUGUGAAGCAACGAGGGCCUAAAGAUGCUGGAAAGAAACAGCCCACGGCACCUGUUGCGGAUGCGAUCACAAGUUUGAAAGCGAACUCGAAAGAGACGCUGUCGGCUGUGAAGAAAAACGUGCAAGAAUCGGCAAGGAGUGAUGUGGACUACAAAAUCGGCUUCGUGAUCAUCACAGUUUUGGCCUUUCUCACAAGAUUUUGGGGCAUCAGCCAUCCAAAUGAAGUCGUGUUUGACGAAGUCCAUUUUGGAAAGUUCGCAUCUUAUUAUCUUCAACGAACUUAUUUCUUCGAUGUUCACCCUCCAUUCGGAAAACUUCUCUUCGCGUUCGCUGGCUGGCUGGUCGGAUACAAUGGCGAAUUUCUCUUCGAAAACAUUGGCGACUCCUACAUUACCAACAAGGUGCCUUAUGUUGCAUAUCGCGCCAUGCCUGCUUCAAUGGGCGCCCUGACCGUAUCGACCGUCUUCUUGAUUAUGUGGGAAUCUGGAUAUAGCCUUCCCGCAACCAUUCUCGCUUCAGCGCUGAUGCUCUUGGACAACGCCCACAUUGGGCAGACACGGCUGAUUCUUCUGGAUGCCACUUUGGUGUUGUUCAUGGCACUGAGCAUCUACUGUUACAUCCGCUUCUACAAAUUGCGUCAUGAUCCAUUUGGUAGGAAAUGGUGGAAGUGGCUGUUGCUCACGGGAAUCAGCAUGAGCUGCGUCAUCAGCACCAAAUACGUCGGCGCCUUUACCUUCUUCUCUAUCGGUGUACCGGUCAUGAUUGACCUAUGGGAUCUCCUAGAUGUCAAGCGGAAACAAGGCGCCCUAAGUUUGGUCACCUUUGGUCAUCAUUUUGCUGCACGGAUGAUUGGUCUGAUUAUCGUGCCAUUUGUGAUGUACCUGUUUUGGUUCCAAGUACACUUUAGCAUCCUCAGUCGCUCGGGCCCAGGCGAUGAGUUUAUGAGUGCAGGAUUCCAGGAAACACUGUCCGACAAUUUGAUGACACAAGCAUCUGUUCCAAUUGAUUACUUCGACAGCCUCACGCUGAGACACAAGGAAACGAAGGUUUACCUGCACUCGCACACGGAACGCUACCCCCUCCGCUAUGACGAUGGCAGAAUCUCUUCGCAAGGCCAGCAGGUUACUGGCUACCCACACAACGACACCAAUAAUCUCUGGCAGAUUGUCCCGGCGCAUGGCCGAGAGGGACAAGGACAACGAGUCCACAACGGAGAGAUCGUCCGCCUCCGCCACUUGAUUACCAACAGCUGGCUGAUGACCCAUGAUGUUGCUUGUCCGUUCUUCCCUACAAAUCAAGAGUUUACCACGGCACCGCUGGACGAGGGAAAUGGACCUAGAUUCAACGACACGCUCUUUGAGAUCAGAGUCGAUGGUGGCAAAGAUGGAGCGGAGUUCCGAACCAAAUCGUCUCAUUUCAAGCUCAUUCACGUGUCCACUAGAGUUUCGAUGUGGACACAUACUACACCCCUCCCGGAUUGGGGAUACGCACAAGCUGAGAUCAACGGCAACAAAAACAAUCAGCUCCCUAGCGCCAAUUGGUACAUUGACGAUAUUUAUGGUAUCCCAGAAGGCUCACCGCGACUGAUCAAAGAGGUCAGAAAGCCCAAGACUCUUCCAUUCUUCACCAAAUAUCUCGAAUUGCAACGUUUGAUGUUCCACCACAACAACGCUUUGACAUCAUCGCAUCCAUAUGCAUCCCACCCGAUCCAAUGGCCGUUCUUGCUGCGUGGCGUCAGCUUCUGGACACAUGAGGAAACGAGGCAGCAGAUUUAUUUUCUAGGUAACCCAGUCGGCUGGUGGUUUGCUUCCUCCAUUCUCGCAGUCUUUGCUGGCAUCAUCUUUGCCGACCAGAUUUCUGUGCGCCGCGGUGUGGACGCGCUCGAUCGCCGCACUCGCGGUCGUCUUUACAAUAGUUCUGGUUUCUUUUUCCUUCUUUGGGCUGCCCACUACGCUCCGUUCUUUAUUAUGGGCCGUCAGCUUUUCCUGCACCACUAUCUUCCAGCUCAUUUGGCCAGUUGUCUGGUCGCCGGUGCCAUGGUUGAAUUCAUCUUCAACAUCGAGCCUUCUGAACUGGCCAACAUCUCGUCGAAGAGCCCCAUCGUCGACGGCAGUAAAGGCAAUGUCACCCAGCAGCAGCAACGCUCCAGGCCCAUCCGCGAAAGGAUCGCUGGUCAGACUCUGCUCGCAACAUGGGCUGCGAGCGGCGUCAUCAUAUCAGUGCUCGUGUGGAGCUUCUUCUUCUUUGCACCCGUCACUUAUGGUGCCCCUGGUUUGAACGUGCAGCAAGUCUUGGCAAGGAAGUGGUUGAAUUACGACUUCCACUUCGCAAAGUGAGCGAGCCCGGGUGCGACGAAAGGUGUUCCCGGAAGAACUGCGCGAUCGAAGCUAGUCGGCAAUGUUUACAAGACACUCGCGGUUGUUAGGCCGAAAUGCUCCGAGAUCCAGCGAAAACGUCUACAAACCAAAAACUAGAUCACGCAAUUCAUGUAAAACACAUAUGUUGCCAAUUCGCGUUAAGACAUUUUUGAGUUAAGAAUGCCCAUCCGCCUAUUAAAGCAGCGCCCUAUGUGCCCAUUGCACUCUUGUUCCACAUAUCAUGCCCGUAAGUCAUCUGUGAUCAUGCU